CAGUGCAUGCUACCGUUCUACCAAGAAAAUUUGAGUUUUCAGAAAUUUCGCCUGCGAAGUUAGAACUAUGAUUUCAUUUGCUUAUGUGGCCCUGCUCUUUGGCACUCUCGCUGAUGCUAUCAGCCCAGCCUGGUAUUCGAUGCCUGCUUAUGGCAAUUAUUACAACCUCGCCGCUUCUACCCCUACACCGAAGUCAAGCUGUUAUUAUUUUUACUAUACCUCGUGGAAUAGUUGGCCAUACAAACUUCAUCCAGAAGGAACACCUUGCUGGUUACGGGGGACGUACGGCGAGGUGGGUUAUUGUAGCAAAGGAACGUGCUAUGCGAAUAUGACUUCAAAUGUGAACACUUGCAACAACGCGUAUGAGGGUGUAAGUACCAUAUCUCAUUUCUUGUACACAACGCGACGAAAGUGA